CGCCCAGUGAGUCGACAAGUCAACGGCAGCUCUAUAUCCAAACUCGCAUCACUCAGUUCUCAGCCUUCCAGACCCUGUGCACGAAUCGCAAGGCCACAAGGAAGCCGCAUCACUUUAGCCGCAGCGCUACCUCGGUCAAGCGUCAUCCGCCGUUCAUCCGCGCCGCACCGCUCUCCGCAGCCAUGUACGUACCGCCAACCGGCUGGCAACCAACCAGCCGACUCUGAUAUUCCCGGGCGCCAGAUCCGUCUGCCAGUCAUUGCUCGCGUGGUUGUGUCUAGAAGUGCGCCCUGCUAAAUCGAGACCAAGAACCCCACCUCGGCAUCUCAAUCCCUCUUAUUAGCCCGCCAUGCAGCCUUCCGUCUUCUCCUCCAGAGCUGCUUCCAGAGCUUACCGCGCCGCUCUUUCUUCCUCUUCCAGAACCUUUGCCUCCCUCAGCGCUGCUAGGUCCCCGCUCCGUGUCGCGUCCUCUGCAGCUUCGCCCUCCUCUCGUCUGGCCUCUGGUCUCCUCUCUGCCUCCAGCGCAAACUUAAGAACCGCUUCCGCACUCGGUGUCGCCGGACAAUUCAGGAAAAUGACGGGCGCUUCCAAGAUCAAGGUCAAGAACCCAGUCGUCGAGCUGGACGGCGAUGAGAUGACGAGGAUUAUCUGGAAGGAUAUCAAGGACAAGCUCAUUCACCCCUACCUCGACAUCGACCUCAAGUACUACGACCUGGGCCUUGAGUACCGCGACGAGACCAACGACAAGGUCACCGUCGAUGCCGCCGAGGCUAUCAAGAAGUACUCCGUCGGUGUCAAGUGCGCCACCAUCACUCCCGAUGAGGGGCGUGUCAAGGAGUUCAACCUCAAGCAGAUGUGGUUGUCGCCCAACGGCACCAUCCGCAACCAGCUUGGCGGUACCGUUUUCCGUGAGCCCAUUGUCAUUCCCCGUAUUCCUCGCCUCGUACCCGGCUGGAAGCAGCCUAUCAUCAUCGGCCGUCACGCCUUUGGUGACCAGUACCGUGCCAAGGACCGCGUCAUGGACGGCGAGGGCAAGCUUGAGAUGGUCUUCACCCCCAAGGGCGGCAAGCCCGAGACCAUUGAGGUCUUCAACUACCCCGUCGGCGGCGGUGUCGCUCAGACGCAGUACAACACCACCGAGUCCAUCUCUGGUUUCGCGCACGCUUGCUUCAAGUACGCCCUGGGCAAGGGCAUGCCUCUGUACAUGAGCACCAAGAACACUAUCCUCAAGAAGUACGACGGCCGCUUCAAGGACGUCUUCCAGGAGAUCUACGAGAAGGACUACAAGCAGGAGUAUGAGGCCAAGAAUAUCUGGUACGAGCACCGUCUCAUCGACGACAUGGUCGCCCAGAUGAUCAAGAGCGACGGCGGCUUCGUCAUCGCCAUGAAGAACUACGACGGCGAUGUCCAGUCCGACAUUGUUGCCCAGGGCUUCGGCUCUUUGGGCCUGAUGACUUCUGUCUUGAUCACCCCCGACGGCAAGACCUUCGAGUCUGAGGCCGCCCACGGCACCGUCACCCGUCACUACCGCGAGCACCAGAAGGGCAACGAGACCUCGACCAACCCCAUUGCCUCCAUCUUCGCCUGGACCCGCGGUCUGGCCAAGCGUGGCGAGCUGGACGGCACGCCCGAGGUCGUCGCCUUCGCCGAAGCGCUGGAGAAGGCCUGCAUUGACACCGUCGACAUUGACGGCAUCAUGACCAAGGACCUUGCGCUGGCGUGCGGCAGGAAGGACAGGGAGGCGUGGGUCGUCACGUCCAAGUACCUCGAGGCCGUCGAGAGGAGGCUGAAGCAGGGCCUCAAGGAGAAGUUGUAAAUAAAUCUUGCAUUGGAUGAAGGUGACGAGCGUUCUCGCUAAGCGUAGAAGAGGAUGAUGAUGAAUCUGGUGUACAUGUGUAACAUAACAUAGUUGGGGUUUCAGUUAUAUACCAUGAACGACGAUACAGAAAUAUUUCAACAAGAGUCCGUG